AUGGAGACACAGCCACUAGCAAGGAGUUUCAUCAAUCUUGAAAGGAUGGAAGUACCAGCUUUUUUCAAGAGCAAAAAUCCUUUCCCUCUUGAGUCUAGUCUGAAGGCCAGAGUUGACAGACAGAGCUUGCCAUCUCACAAUGUAAUGGUGUCAAUGAGGGCAAAAAUGCCAUUCAUGUACCAGAGAGAUGUUUGCCAUGCCAAAAUGUAUUAUGAACACUACCAGAAACAAUGCCUCAGGAAUGUAGCCAAGGACCUUAAUUUUUCCAAAGACGUUGUCAACCACAGAGGGCCAUUAGCUCUAUCCUUUAAGGAAUAUGACCCUAAAGGGCUAUAUGAUUUUUCCAAUGCUGUUCAGAAACAAAAAAGUGAACAUAUUAUUGCUGAGAAGCGACCAAGUAGGCUCAAACCUUUGAGGAGAUUACCUCACCUGAUAAAAUCAGAUAUUGCUCCUCCAAAAGAAACCACUACUACUGUUCCUCUCUGCUUGGAGGAGUUUAUCUGGAAAGCCAAGAUGGAAAGCACACUUGCAGAGCCACAGCUGCUGAUACCCAUUCCUCCCCCUCCUCCUCCUCCUUGUGAGCUUCCUUACCCACAGGCAUUCCUGACCGAACCUCAUGAGAUGUUAGAAGACUUGAUGACCAGAAGAUGGCAAACAACAACAUCCCAGGGCACCACGGUCCAUGAGCCAGAUCAUGGGGACCUGGGAUGGGAAGAAAGACUGCUGACAAAGUUAAGUAAGGCUACAGCUCAAUGGAUUGUGAACAAUCAGCCCUCUUGGGGAGGCUGGGUUCAGGGUAAGCUACGGGGUUUCAAGAAGCAAAAAUAUGACUGGAAUAGAAUCAGGUAUGUGCUCCCUUUUGAAAGUGAUGUAGAAUUACUGGAUGAAAUUCAGGCAGAGGAUACUGUAGAGGAAGGUCGAAUUCAAAGCGACAAAGAGAAGAAACCAGAGACACCUCUCCCUGCCUAUUAUUACAGGGUGCCAUCUUUCCACACGAGAGCGUUGUGCACAGAAGAUCCGAUUGGUAAAAACAGAACAGCAGAUCAAAUAUCAAAGAAGAGUGUCAAACAGGUAUCUCCUGUUAAACAUCGGGAACGGUUGAACUCCCAUGUGGGGAAAUACUCAUACACUACCCAGAAUGUCUUUGAACAAGAGCUCUAUUUUGGGUCAGCCAGCAUUGUUCAUCAAGAGACCAAGAAGGAUCGUUUGAUUAUGGAUAAUCAUUAUGAAUAUUAUAAACACCUCCAGCAAUGCUACCCAAGACCUCCAGAGGUCUGGAGCUUCAGACCAUCAAAAAAGACAGUUCAAAGGGUGCAGAAGGGAGCUGUCCACUGGGCAGCACUUCCCACUGUCAUUGAAGACUUUGCUAAACUAAGUGAAGCAGAAUCCCUUGAGCUAAUUAGGAAAAAAAGAGAAUCGCACAGGAAGACUGAACAAGAUGUGUCUGAGGAUAUCCGCAUCCGUAGGACUAUGCUGGAGCAGUGGAAGGCCGCUUGGAAAUUUGAUCCUCGGUGGCAGUCAGCAACUAUUGAAGGAUUAAUUAGAGACUUUGCAGAUGUGCAUGUUCAAAAUCGGAUCAAUGCUAUACUUAUCUGUGCAUCUGCUGUGCUUGAGCGGCCCCAUGCAGUCAAAGGUGCAAGUGAGGAGUCAGUAAUAGGAAUAGAACCUGGUGCCAAGGAUGUAGAAGUCGAAGAUAUGCCAAAGAAAAUACAGCCUUUGCUUAGAAAUACUCUGUUUGAUAAGGAUGCUCAUGUGAGAAUGGCUGCUGCAGUGGGCUUCUAUGCCAUAGGGAAAUGGAAUCGAGUGGCACAGUCCAUCAUGAAGCAUGCUCUGAUAAAUGGUAAUACUGCGGACAGCUGGGCAGCAGCUCAGGCCCUGGCGCUGGAGGGCAGUACCAGUUUCCAAGUAGUGAAAAGGAUCCUGUCUCAAAUUUUUCAUCAAAAGGAUGAUGCCACAGAAGACCAGGCUUGUCUUUUAUUAUCUCGGCUCAGCAAACACACAGGCUUGGUACAUUGUUUACUGGCAUCAGAACUGAACAGUUACCAAUGGAAACAUCGGGUUUUGGCCUGUAAAACAUUCUCGCGUAUUCCUGGGAAUGUCAGCCAGGAUCUCAAAAAUAAAAUUGUCCAGCUCAUGUGGACAGAUUGGAAGUUUGAUGUACGCCAGGCAGCUGCCAAGGCUUUGGGGCAUUUGGAACUUGGGAAAGAAGUCCAUGAUCAGCUCAGGGAGAAGCUAAAAAGAGGGGAUUUCCGGAUGAAGGUGGAAGCUCUUUCCUUGAUUGGUUGGCUGAAACUCAUGACAGCUAGGCUGCUUCCUGGCUUUCUUCAGUGUUUCACUGAUGAUUUUGUAGCAGUUCGCAAAGAAGCCUGCUGGGCAGCUGGAGAACUCGGAAUUAAAGAAGAGAUGGUGCUUAAAUGCCUAUUUAAGAUAAUGCAGACUGACCCCCUCUGGAAAAUCAAGGCUCUAGCUAUAAGAGCAUUGGGUCAGAUAGGCGAGGCAAGUCCCUACUUAAAAGACCUUCUCCUCUGGGCCCUUCAUUAUGAAGAAGAUCCUGGAGUACGGAGGGAAGCCUGCCGUAGUCUCAUUAUCCUCAAGCUGCAGGAUGAAACUGUCCGGGCUACUUUGCUGGAGAGAAUGAUAUUGGAACCAAAUGAGUUGGUUAAAGAGGAAGUGAGCCGUGCUGUGACAACUUUCAAUUUUGAACAGGAAGAGGAACACGAAAUGAUUCAGAAGAUUAAGGACAAGAUUGCCACAUUAAGCCAGAAAGACUUAAUAACUGAGAAACUGUGGAAACUUAAAGAGUUAACAGAGAACACAUGGCAUGAAGCCCACCGCAUCUAUCGAGAGAAGGGAGACAUAUUUGCAUACAGAGAAAUACGGGACAUCUUCCUUGAUGUUGUUCAAGUUACUUUCACAGAAAAUUUUUGUUGUCCAACCAGGAAGUUUUCGAAGCUUUGGACUGCUAUCUUGAAUUUACUACCUUGGUUGGGAAUACCUCCAAACCCAUGGACACAAAGAGCCUUCUUAGAAGCACUGAAAAUACACAAUGCUGAGAGGAAGAACGUGCCAAGAAACCAAAAACACCCACAGAGAAGCGGAACAAAUCCAGGGUCAAGAAGAGGGAAGAAACACUGCCCAGUGUCCAUUUUGUGCAUUGACCAGUCAGUUACUUAGCUGACUCUUUUACUGUGGGAAAGGAGGUACAAAAAUUGAGUAUAGACAAUAGCUUCUCAGAGGCUUGGAAGAAUAUAGUACAUUCGUUAAUUUGUGCGUGUAUGCCUGUGUGUCUGUCCCACCAUGGUCUCUAGCCAAAUCAGUUCUGCAGGGUUUUGAAUAACUGAGCUUUACAUCCUGAAACUAGAUACAGAAGCAUUACCAGCAUUGCUGUACUGCCAGCAGCACAUCUGUUACAGCAUUGCUGGUGAUACUUCUGCAAUAGAUGUGUAACUGUCAUGGGUGCCUGUUAUCGGAUAGUACCUAUUUAAAGUAAUA